GGGUGCACUUGUGAUUACAGAGGAAACACUUUUCAACUGGAAGAUGUCAUUAAACAGAGGAUAACAGAUCAGUUGAGAGACCAUCAUCCCCAGACCAACCCUAGUGUUGGUACAGGAGCAAGCGACACCAAAAAGCAGAAAAUAAAUAAUGGCACUAACCCUGAGACAACAACUUCCUGUGGUUGCCACUCACCUGAGGAUGAAAAGACGGCAAGCCACCAACAUCCGGAAGCCCUAAGGAGGGAGCUAGAGGCCCAGGUUCAUACCAUACGAAUCCUUACAUGUCAGAAAACGGAGCUUCAGACGGCACUCUAUUACAGCCAGCAUGCUGCCAAGCAGUUGGAAGGAGAGUCUAGGGAUCUGAUGAGCCGCCUGCAUGAUUCAUGGAUGUUUGCAGGAGAGUUAGAGCAGGCUCUCUCUGCUGUGUCUACACAGAAGAAGAAGGCGGAUAGGUACAUCGAGGAGUUAACAAAGGAGAGGGAUGCCCUGAGUCUGGAACUGUACAGGAACACCAUAACCAAUGAGGAGUUGAAGGAGAAAAACGCUGAACUACAAGAAAAACUUCGACUUGUAGAAUCUGAAAAGUCUGAGAUCCAGCUCAACGUAAAGGAGCUAAAAAGGAAGCUGGAGAGGGCCAAGCUCCUGCUGCCACAGCAGCAGCUGCAGGCGGAGGCUGACCACCUGGGUAAGGAGCUGCAGAGUGUGUCAGCAAAGCUCCAAGCCCAGGUGGAAGAGAACGAGUUGUGGAACCGCCUGAACCAGGAACAGGAGGAGAAGAUGUGGAAGCAGGAGGAGAAGAUACGGGAGCAGGAGGAGAAGAUACGGGAGCAGGAGGAGAAGAUGCAGGAGAAGGAGGAGAAGAUGCAGAGGCAGGAGGAGAUGACGCGGGAGAAGGAGGAGAAGAUACGGGAGCUGGAGGAGAAGAUGCACGAGCAGGAGAAGAUACAGGAGCAGGAGAAGAUACGCGAGCAGGAGAAGAGGCAGGAGCAGGAGGAGAAGAUAUGGAGGCAGGAGGAGAAGAUACACAAGCAGGAGGAGAAGAUACGAGAGCAGGAGGAGAAGAUGUGGAGGCAGGAGGAGAAGGUACACAAGCAGGAGGAGAAGAUACGAGAGCAGGAGGAGAAGAUGUGGAGGCAGGAGGAGAAGAUGCACGAGCAGGAGAAGAUACGGGAGGAGGAGAAGAGGCAGAAGCAGGAGGAGAAGAUGUGGAGGCAGGAGGAGAAGGUACGGCAGCAGGAGGAGGUGUGGAGGCACAAGGAGGAGAUGCACGAGCAGGAGGGGAAGAUACAGGAGCAGGAGGAGAAGAUGUGGAGUCAGGAGGAGAAGAUACGGGAGCAGGAGGAGAAGAUGUGGAGGCAGGAUGAGAAGAUACGGGAGCAGAAGGAGAAGAUGCACGAGCAGAAGGAGAAGAUGCACGAGCAGGAGGAGAAGAUACGGGAGCAGGAGGAGAAGAUGCACGAGCAGGAGGAGAAGAUACGGGAGCAGGAGGAGAAGAUGUGGAGGCAGGAGGAGAAGAUGAGGGAGCAGAAGGAAAUGCAUGAGCAGGAGGAGAAGAUGUGGAGGCAGGAGGAAAAGAUGCAUAAGCAGGAGAAGAUACGGGCGGAGGAGAAGAGGCAGGAGGAGGAGGAGAAGAUGUGGAGGCAGGAGGAGAAGAUACGGGAGCAGGAGGAGAUGUGGAGGCAGAAGGAGAAGAUGCACGAGCAGGAGGAGAAGAUACAGGAGCAGGAGGAGAAGGUGUGGAGGCAGGAGGAGAAGAUACGGGAGCAGGAGGAAAAGAGGCGGGAGCAGGAGGAGAAGAUGUGGAAGCAGGAGGAGAAGAUAAGGGAGCAGGAGGAAAAGAGGCGGGAGCAGCAGGAGAAGAUAAGGGAGCAGGAGGAGAAGAUAAGGGAGCAGGAGGAGAAGAUAAGGGAGCAAGAGGAGAAGAUAAGGGAGCAGGAGGAGAAGAUAUGGGAGCAGGAGGAGAUGAUGCAGGAACAGGAAGAGAAGAUUUGCGAGCAGGAGGAGAAGAUGUGGGAACAGGAGGAGAAGAUGCAGAAACAGGAGGAGAAGAUGCGGAGGCAGGAGGAGAAGAUGUGGGAGCAGGAAAUGAGGCUGCGGCAGCAGGAGGAGAAGAUGCAGGAACAGGAGGAGCACCUGGAAGCUGCCAUCUACCGAGCAGAUGACAACAAGGCAAAGACAAUAAACAUGUAAAAGCCGGCAGCAAGGCCUGGAGAAGAGUAAGCCGCCAUGUGACUGUUUAGAAUAUAGUCUCAGCACAAACCUGAAAAAAAAAA